AUGCUCGACGAUGACGACGCCGAGCUGCAGCAGUCAGCCUUCCUGUCCGCCGACUUCACGGCACCCGUCCUACCCUAUGCCUCCAUCAUAGCGGAUCUGGAAGACAAAAUUGCUUCCAUAGCCACCAAUACAGCCACUCGUGAGAGAUCUCGUCUCAGCAAGCCAGUCGUCUUCGAACAGCUUCAGCGAGCAUGGCAGCGUCUACAUGAUGAUCUCAUUGUACGCAACGAAGCAGGUUGCCUGCCUUUUGGACGAGCCCUCGCGCUCUUUACGCGCAAUCUCGCUCCCGGCAAUCAAAUCAAGCUCUUUCCCCUCCUGCCGCACGACCUUCUCUACCAUUCCUCGUCGGCACUGAGACUGCAAGACCUAGAUUAUCAGCCAUUCACCCGAGCGACAUGUCAGCUCCUGGCGAACAUUCUCAGAGGUCAAAAUGAGCUCGUACGCUCGUACUGGCCUCGCUUCCUUGCAUCCGACCUGGCAUCCCGCUUGCUCGCCACGCCAGACGAGCAGCUGAGAACGACAGUCCUUGUCCUGCUCGGUCUGCUUGUCGAUGAGAGUCAUGAGCGAAUAGGGGCCCUGGCAGGGCCGCGUGGCAAGACUACGAUGGCAAAAGUACUGGACAUGGCGGAAAGCCUUCAUGAUACACCUGCAUACAGCCUCGUACAUAGCCUCGUCGGCAAGAUGAUCAAAUCCAGCUUCUUAGCCCAGAUAUAUGAUACUCAAGCAACACCCGUCGCAAUAAUCGUCGAAGCACAAGUCCAGCUGCUCAAGAUUGCGCAUGCAGAAGUGGCCGCACUAGACUUCCCCGUGCUCGACACCAUCACCGAAACGCUCAUGCAACAAUUUCUGCGCUUGUCCUCGGCGGCAGAAGAUGCCUUUGCCUCUCAGCAGCGACAGCUAACAGAUGUUCUGCUCCUCGAAGGACUCUGGUUUCUCUUGCAAAGUUUCACCGUUAUUUGCCUCAAAGGUCAAAUGACAGCAAGCGAGACGCUAGCCCGGAGCUCGGGUCGCAGGGCUGCAGAAUUCCUCCUCAAGGUGACUGUCUUCAAGCAAUACAUCCUGUCGACAGAGCAGCAAGACCACGCGCUCGAUGGCGCUCUUCAGGCCUUUGCCGAUAUCCAAAAAGCAGCUUUGUCUUUUCUAGCUACUUCUGCGGACCAUCACGCGUCUUUGGUCCAGCCAGCCGUGCGGGAAGCCGGUGCACUGCCCAUCUUGCUCUCACUUUGCGGUGACGAUCCGCACGCGCCCUUCUUGCGUGAGAAUGCGAUCCUGGCGAUGCGCUUCCUGCUGCAGGGCAGUCCAGAAAAUCAGGCAAUCAUCAGGCAGCUGGGCAGCAUGCAAACAUUCGGAUGA